AGUUGCAGCUAUUUGCUCGUUGACAUAUUGAGAAACUCCAGACCCAGUUCGUGGUGUGAUAUUUCUCGACAUUUCUAGCCCUGUCAUCCAGAUCCAGAUAUUACUCUUCGUUAUUUCGAUACCUAUAGCUGACUUGAAACUCUAGUAUUGUUGCAGUGAUAUGGCAAGCCGCAGACAUGCUCUUCUGACAUGCGUUAGAUUCCUUUCCCGGCCGCAGCAUCGUGGCCUCGCGGAUGCUGCACCUAAACCUACUUCUCUCUUGGCCAGUUUGGAUACCAAAAUAGAGCUUGCACUCCCGGGAAAACUCAAAACAUUGUGGAACCAUCCUGCAGGACUGAAAUCGAUUCACUUCUGGGCUCCUUGUUUUAAAUGGUGCCUUGUAUUUGCCGGCAUGGCUGAUUACACACGUCCUGCAGAAACGUUGAGUGUUCGGCAGUCUGGUGCUCUGGCAGCCACAGGUGUGAUAUGGGCAAGGUACUCGUUGGUGAUCAUUCCUAGAAAUGUAAACCUGUUCUGCUGUAACGCUUUUCUCGGACUGACUGGAAUCAUGCAACUAAUUAGGAUUUAUCUACAUACAAAGAAACAGGAAAAAUUGGCAGCGGAAGAGGCCGCCGGAGCUUCAGAAUCCCCAGCAGCACCGGCUGUAACCCAAGCGUGAAGACAAACCAAGAACACUCCUCACCCUUUCUUCCACACUCUGAGCACCCUGAGGCCCCAGCCACACCAACGAGACCGACGGUAGACCGACAGAAGACCGGCAGAAGACCGACAAAAGAUCGAAGACUGACCAUAUUACCUUGUAGGUGAAGGUCUAGAGAAGGUUUGCUGGUGUGACGCGAGUUUCAAAUGAUAGCCAAGCUGAAUUUGUGGUGAUAUUAUAGCUCCAGUUGGAGAAACCAAUGCUUGUAUCGUACUAUUAUAUUUUGUAUGAGUCAAUACACCAGCUGCAGUUGCCCCUUCUCGUUAUAUGUCCUCCAAAUUGCCUCCCCUUCCCCUUCUCCUACAAUGCAACUCAAUGCAAUAAGAUUUAUCUUUGACUUUUGACCUUUUUAAAGAAUUAUCAGGUUGGUCAAUACAGAGUUUAGUUUGGAUGUCUGUCUGUCUUGCUCAUGCCAAAUAUGAUACAUGUAGUAAAUAAGCCUACUCUUAGAAUAUAUCCAUGAGAUCCAUUUAAUAUAACACAACUAGCUCACCCUCCCCCCAAUAACAUUAAUUGUCGUGCACUGAUACCUUGUGUACACUUUUUCCUGUAUGAAGUGAAUACCAAUACAUGUAUAUACAUUCUAAACCAGAAACUGUUGCCAGAUUUGAUAAAGAUUCUGUUCAUAGUGAAAAUCACUUUAGAUUACUAACAUUCAUGGUUUUGAUUUCAUUGUCCAAGCACAAAAUAUAUUCACAGAAACUAUAUCGCAGCAGAAAACCGUUGGAAUCAGGACCACUCGCAAAAUAUAUUAACAAAUUCUAACAAUUGAGAAUUUGUGGUUUAAACAUGUUGUAUUUUCCAUAUAUGUAAAUGUAUAUGAAUGUUGGAAGGAAAGCAGGGUAAUAUUGUACUUUAUUGUAAGUCUAUUUUGUAGUAUACUGGGGAUUCUGGUUUUGGAUUUGUAUGUAGAACUUUUAAUGUCUCUAUUGAUUUGGUUAAAGGGAUGGUUGAGUUCUGUUGCAGAGGGCAUUACACAA